AUGCGCCUCCUCCCCCGCCUCAUCAAGCGCCUGAGCAAAAACCCACCCAGCCUCAGCCCCGAGCGCGACGCACUCCAAGCCAAGUUCACGAAGACCUCAAAAUCUCUCUACAAACCCCUCCCCCCACGCUUUAGCGUCGACCCCGCCCACCAUGCCGUCUCGCCCAUGCUCGCCGACUACAGCCCCUUCACGCACAAGAGCGACUUCGUGCGGCAUAAGCGGCUGCCGCCGGUACCUAGGCUGAGUAGGAGGAGGAACAUCAAACGGGACACGAGCGUGGAUCCCCCGCGCGAGAUGACGCGCGAAGAGCGCGACUGGUUUGCAAGCCCGUAUUUACGCAUGCUGGCUAGCCCCCUCCGAAAAUGCGCUGUGACGGGGCGAUACAUGCCCUCGGACUUCCUCAUACGCUUGCUCCCCAUGAAGCUCCCUGCGUCGCGCGCUAGUCACAUCCGCGCGAUCAUUGUCCCCGACGGGCUGCAGCAUCCCAAAUUCGAGAGCAAGCGGCGCGGGAAGGCGGGGUAUAUAACUUGCUGGGCGGAGGUGCUUGCUCAGGCACCGCAACGAGGUACUGCUGGAAAGAUCAUGCAUGGCGGCGGGAUGGUAUCCCCAGUCCUGCUCGAGCAGACGCUGCACCUGUUGCGCGUGCGCGUUCUCCAGGAACUCGAAGUGCUGCGACUGGCGCUGGAGCGAGAGCAUCCCAAACGCCGAGAGGGCUGCACGUCGCCGAUCGUGCGUCGCCUCACACGCGCAGAGCUUGCUUGCAUCCGCGAGUCGGACACGAUACCACAUACGGACGCCAUCGCCGUCCUCAUGUGCCCUCCCGUCAAUCGGAAUCCUUCAACUUGUACUCGACCGGAAGGCGACAUGUCUGCCUCGCCGCCAAGCGCACCUGAUGUAACGACUAAACCGCCGCGACCACCCCCACCGCAUUCUACUUUGCAUUCUGUUGCUCCCAUUGAGCCUACUCUCGAAGGCGUCGAGCCACACGCACCGCAUCUUAUUCCGCUAUACCACUCCCUAGCAUUGUUUCCUCACCCUGCUCACCGACGAAAGCUACACGAACUUCUCUCCGCAAUCAUCGCUCAUGAGCGAACCAUUCGAUCGCCCACGGAUGCCUCACCUGUCGAAGUUGAUUCAAAGCAGCGCAAGGCCUCGCACGCGUAUCUCGUCACGUCAAACGCGGAAACCGUCUCCCGAGGGGUUGAUGUGGCGGCCUUAGGUAUCGCGCUGUGGAGAUUGCGCAUGCUCAGUGGUGGGGGAUGGAACUUUGGAGGACAAAACACAGCGGACGCUGAUGAGAAGAUGUUGAAGGGGCGGGACGGGCGGACGGAUACACGAGAAUUGGAAGGCAGUCGCUGGUGUAGGACGAAGUGGUGA